GCUUAAGUCCUGGCAAAUCAUUGGUGGUGGAAAUGUCUGUACCAAGAUUCCAAAAAGUAAACUUUGGAACAUAUGAUAAUUACAUUCCAGUCAGUGAAUUAAGUAAAAAAUCAUGGAAUCAACAACACUUUGCUUUGGGAUUUCCAAAACCACCACGGCCAGGGAAAAAAAGGAGAUCAAAACCUUCCCAACUCCAAGAAACACCAGUUUCUAGUUAUGAUGAAGAUAAAUUAAGAGGAUAUUCAAGACCACUAUGGAUGCACCGUUCUUUAAUGACGAUUUCUGAGAAACCCUCUGCGUAUUUAGCUGCCAGGAGACAGCCUCCCAAAAAGAAACAAAGGGAUGGAGCUGCUGAAGCAGCAGGUGGAGAGAGGCCUUCGUCUUCAGCAAUGGGCAAGAAAGGUGAAGACAAAAACGUAGGCAGGAAGGGCCAAUCAGAUUCGGAAGUAGAAUCCAAAGUUUCACAACAAUCCAUACAUAAGAAAGACAAAAGUUUGAAAAGAGAAGCUUCUGAUCAAAGACGUGCUUCAAUAAGAGCUAAAAGUCCGAAGGACAGAGAUUUAGCUACAGAAUCCGAGAGUGAAGCAGGAACUGAAAAGGAAGAUGACAAAAAAUCAAGGAAAGGAUCCAAGAAGGGCAAGGAUUCAGCGACAGAAUCUGAGGAUGAAAAGAAAGGGAAGGAUAAAGGUGCAAAAGGGGGCUCAAAGAAGGGCAAAGGGUCAGCGACAGAAUCUGAGGAUGAAAAGAAAGAUGCCAAAAAAGAGAAGAAAGGUUCAAAGAAGAGUAAGGAUUCAGCUACUGAAUCCGAGGAUGAAAGGAAAAAUUCCAAGAAAGAAAAGAAAGGCUCCAAGAAGGGCAAGGACUCAGCUCCAGAAUCUGAAGAAGAUAUGAAAGCAAAGAAAGAUCAAGAUGAAACAACAGAUUCCAACAAAACGACUGAGAAAGCGGAUGAAUCCAAGGGCAAGAAAGAUGCCAAGAAACGGGGGAGUAAAAAAGAUAAGAAAGAUGAAAAGAAACCCGGUGGAGCUGAUAGCGAAUCAAAGGAUGAUGCCAAGAAAGAUGCCAAGAAAGAUGCCAAGAAAGAUGCCAAGAAAGACGCUAAGAAAAACGCCAAGAAAGAGGCGAGUUCAGAGUCUGCGGAAGCAAAGAAAGAUGCAAAGAAAGGCGCAAAGAAAGACGCAAAGAAGGGCAAGUAGGUCUGCGGUGAGAACUCAGAAGUGUAUUUCGUGACAACAUUUUAGGACUUUGGCACUUGUCUAUGAGAGCAAGGGAAGGUUCAGAUCUUAAUACAAAUUGAAUGGAAUAAAAAACCAGAAAAGGGGCAUCCUGAGAGAAGCAUUAUGAGCACUAGAAGCUACAAACAGAGGUGAUUUCCUGAAAGACCUGGAGGAAACAUCUUCAGUUUAGGAAUACAAAGGAUGCAAUGGAAGAUACCUAGAAACAUUCAAAGAAGGGUAUCCUAAUAAAGGUAUAGAAAUAGUUAUGCUGGGUCUUUGAGCAGAAAACAUUUAAAUAAAUUCUUAAAAAUCAGAAA